GGUUCAAUAAACCUUGACUCACAUGUCUAGUUGUCUACUUAAAAGAGCUGAGGGGAAGUGAGCUGCAAAGUUUCAGGGGAUAGCCAACAAUGGCGAAAUCAUCAGGAAAUGAACUUACACACAAGACUUUUGGUUGGGCUGCUCGAGAUUCAUCUGGGUUACUAUCUCCUUUUCAUUUCUCUCGAAGGGAAAAUGGUGAUGAUGAUGUCUCUAUCAAAGUUCUUUACUGUGGGGUUUGCCACUCUGAUCUGCAUAUGCUCAAGAAUGACUGGGGUUCCACAGAUUAUCCAGUAGUACCUGGGCAUGAGAUUGUGGGUGUUGUGACUUCUGUUGGAAAAAAUGUGAAGAAAUUCAAAGCAGGAGACGAAGUCGGUGUCGGUGUCAUAGUUGGAUCUUGUAGAAGUUGUGAAAAUUGUAAACAAGACUUGGAGAGUUACUGUCCCAAGAUGGAAUAUACUUACAAUUCUCCUGGAGUUGAUGGAACAAAGAAUUACGGUGGCUAUUCCGAUAAGAUCGUUGUCGAUCAACAUUUUGUUGUUAGAUUUCCUAAAAACUUAGCUCUUGAUGCUGGGGCUCCACUCCUAUGUGCUGGGAUUACAGUCUAUAGCCCAAUGAAACAUUUUGGAAUGACUGAACCUGGUAAGCAUUUGGGUGUGGCUGGACUUGGUGGGCUUGGUCAUGUUGCUGUCAAGUUUGGAAAGGCUUUUGGAUUGAAAGUUACUGUCAUUAGUACCUCUUCUAGGAAGAAGGAAGAAGCAAUUGACAGGCUCGGUGCUGACGCUUUCGUUGUUUCUAGUGAUCCCGAACAAUUGAAGGCUGCCAUGGGAACUAUGGAUUACAUUUUGGACACAAUAUCUGCUGUUCAUCCUCUUGAUCCGUUGAUUAGACUGCUAAACCUCAAUGGAAAAUUGGUUGCUGUCGGCUUACCUAACAAGCCAGUUGAACUAUCAAUCGGGAUUCUCGCUUCUGGUAGGAGGGUGGUAGCUGGAAGCAACUUUGGAGGGCUGAAAGAGACACAAGAAAUGUUAGAUUUCUGUGGAAAACACAAUAUUACAGCCGAAAUUGAGCUCAUUAAGAUGAAUGACAUUAACUCAGCCAUGGAAAGGCUUGCAAAAGCUGAUGUUAAAUAUCGGUUUGUGAUCGACAUUGAAAACUCUUUCAAAUAGGAGGUAUUAUAGGGCUUUGGGUACAAUAAGGAAGUGAUACAGAAGGAGCAGAUGAUUUUGGUGAAGGUAUAAGAAGGACAUUGUUUAUUACAAAGAAAAGCAUCUUAUGGAAAUGUUCGUUUAUGUGCUUUACUCAUGAAACUUUUAUCAUGUGUUGAAGUUUGAUACUUUUCUUUGUGGCUUUUCCUUCAAUUCUAAUAAUAUAUUUUUCGUUGUUAAUCUAUUA